GACUAUUUCACUACUGCGCGUUGAACGAUAGGAAUAAGCAACAACACAUCAAAACUAAGUGAUUAGUUUUCAUUCUUAACUUAAUGAAUAAAAUAGUUUCCAUCGUUUUUUCAUAAUAAUGGCUUUUGGAUUGUAUUCGCUUAUUGAGGCUGCUCUUCUAUGCAUUAAUGCCAUCGCAGUGUUAAAUGAGGAACGAUUUCUAAGCAAAGUUGGAUGGGGCGGUGAUCAAAGUGUUGGCGGGUUUGGAGAGGAACCUGGGAUGAAAGCACAGCUCAUUAAUUUAAUUAGAUCCAUUAGAAUUGUUAUGAGAGUGCCCUUGAUUUUCUUCAAUGCCAGUGUCAUAGUACUGAAACUUGUGUUUGGAUAACGACAAUUCAUCAACCAUCCAUGGGACAAUAAGAAGAUGGAAUAUACAUGAAGAUUGACUAAUUUAACAACUCACUGAAGUGAACAGAAUGCGUUUGCAUAAGUUGUUUGGCCGUUUCUGCCUAGUUGCACCAUCAAAGAGCCACUCUAUGCUUCUAUGCUCUGACAUAGCUUCAGUGACUUUUUAGAAGACUUAGUCAUCAUCAGAUGUGUACAUUUAAACCCUGUACUACUGAAAGAGAAAAAGUCAUUCACUGCAUGAAUGACCUUUGACCUACCCUGGUCUACAUGUACCAUGUUGCUGAUAGAGACUCUUGCAUAUGACAUCUACAUCUAUGUGGGUUCUCAUCAAAGCCUGUUCAGCCUGUUCAUAAGCCCCUAAACAGCGCCCUCUUUGAUGGCCAAUGAAGACCUAUCAUUGGCUGAGAGGUGCACAGCACGGACAUGUGUACAAAGAUGGCACCCAGGACAAGGAGUCAAUAUCAUGAAUAUAACUUGCCUUUUUAAAGUAACAAUUUAUUUGGCUUGUAGCUCCCCCACUCACAAACAAAAUUAAUCACAUGAUCGCCUGUAUUUAUUUCAACAAAUAUUAUUUUUCUUGCAAGUUUAAAGGCAGU